UACACAUGACCUUGCAUCAUAAAUAACUACUCAUUGUUAUUUGUAAAUCAGUCAGCCAGUCACAAUUGACCUAAGAUACAUUACGGUUUUGAUUCUCUGGAACACGGCGAUAUAGAGUGAGUUCCAGACCGACUAUAUGUGCAUUCAGUUCGCUUGAUUUGUACUGAAUGGAACGUUGAGGUACGUUUGCUCCCGUUUGGGGGGUGCUGCAAGGUGUGGCUUGAAGCAAUGAGUGGCGUGUUUAAAGGGCAGUGGCCAUGCUGACAGCGUUUUUCCAACCCACAACCUCCCCGUUUUCAAUUGGUCUUUCAGUACAGUACCCUUUCCGUUCAAUUGAACGUUACAGAACAUAAAUCGUACUGUACGCAGCCCAGGACUGCUGCCAGACCCUUCUGACAGUAGGGGAUAGUGAGGUAUUCUCAAUCGGUGUUAGAGCUAUUUAACUCUUGUUGGAGGCAUCGAAUACGUUGUACGCUACUGGUUUACUAUAGAAAUGUUCUGUAAAAAUGUUUUAUAGACAUUGUAUUGCAAUCCUCUAGCGCCCCAAUCAAAUGGAGAGCAUUACAUCACAUGCGCUUUUCUUCCCUUGAGAAAAAAACACUGGAGCGGAUGUCGCGGCGGCACUGACUGUUUGUGGUGAGCUGUCAGUGAGCUUCAACGCUCAAUGUGUGGUAGCGAGGCAGCAGAAAGCGUGGCUGAAGCUUGGGACCGAUGGAACAGCAGCGCCUGUAAACUGGCAGAGCACCAAAGAAGUGGAGAAUCGGGGGGUGGGUGGGGGGGUUGUGUGUGAAUUUCAAAGAAGUCGGGAUGGACGGCAAAGGUACAUUGAAGAUGUUCUCCCGAAAGAAAAGGGAAUUGAUAAAAACCCCUUCCAUCUCGAAGAAGACUCGAGCAGGAAGCCCCGGGCCACAGAGCUCAUCAUCACUGUCUAUUCUCCAGGAGCAGCCUCGUCGUGAUGCUAUCGACACCACCCCUUCCUCAACCUCAUCCUCCUCCACCCUCUUCCCCAUUCCCGGUGCCCCAUCGGACUCCUCCGUGUCCUGCCCUGGCACCCCAAGUGUCCAGCACAGCAAGCUGGUGGGGGUGGGCUGCCCGUCCCCAGGGGCCACCAUGAAGAGGCCCACCAGCCUCAGCCGUCAUGCCAGCGCCGCGGGGUUCCCUAUCCACUCAUGGGUGUUCACCAAGGGCCAGGGGAAGGGGGCUAUCACCCCCACCACCUCCCAAGACAGCUCAGAGAGCAUGGCCAUCGAGGUGGAGGACAUCCCCUCUCUGUUAAGUAACGUGGCCCGCUUUGCUGAGGCCGUAGAGAAGUUGAAGGACGUUGUAUUGGGGGAAGACAAGCAGGAGAACCGACGCCCUCUGGCCCAUGAGUGCCUGGGGGAGGUCCUGAGGGUCCUACGACAGGUCAUCAGCACCUACCCUCUCCUCAACACUGUGGAGACCCUUACUGCUGCAGGCAAACUCAUAUCUAAGGUUAAAGGAUUUCACUAUGAGACGUGUAAUGACACAGAAAAGAAGGACUUUGAGAAGGCCAUUGAAACCAUUGCAGUUGCUUUUAGUAGCAGUGUGUCAGAGCUGCUGAUGGGGGAGGUGGACAGCAGUACCCUACUGUCCCUGCUGCCAACAGAGAAGAGCAGGUCUAUGGAGAACCUGUACGGGGUGUCCGGUCAGGGGCUAGAGGGAGCUCAGAUGAGGGGUGACCUGCAGGACUUUGGCCGGGCCGAGGAGGUGGACAUCAUGCUGCAGCGAAGUGAAGGGGGAGUGGACUCUGCUCUGGCCUACGCUAAGACCAUCUCUAAAUACAUGAAGGACCUGAUGAGCUACGUGGAGAAGAGGACCUCACUGGAGGUGGAGUUUGCCAAGGGCUUACAAAGACUGUACCAGUCCAGCAAGCACAGCAUCACACAUCCCCACAUGCCCUUCUACUCCAUCUACUCUCUGGCUCUGGAGCAGGACUUGGAGCAGAGCAGUGGGAUGCAGCAGGCCACCUCAACACUGCACAACCAGACCUUCCUACAGCCUCUGAUGCAGCGUAAACACGAGCAUGAGAAGAAACGCAAGGAGGUCAAGGAACAGUGGUACCGUGCCAAGAGGAAACUGAUGGAAUGUGAGUCUAACCUGCGAAAGGCCAAGCAUGCCUACAUGGCUCGCUGUGAGGAGCACGACAAGGCCAAAGCAGCUGCUAGCAGAGCAGCAGAGGAGGAUGGAGGAGGCUCUACCACCAAGUCUCUGGGCAAAAAGUUACGAGUGGAGGAAGAUGCUCGCAACAAGGCUGAAGAGGCAGAGGCCACCUACAGGACAUGUAUAGCAGACGCCACCACCCAGCAGCAGGAGCUGGAACACGUCAAGGUCAAUGUGCUCCGACUGCUGCAGGAGGUCAUCAAACAGAGUGACCAGACACUGCGCUCGGCCACCAUCUCGUACUACCAGAUAAUGCACAUGCAGACGGUGGUGUUGCCGGUACACUACCAGACUCUGUGUGAGAGCAGUAAGCUGUAUGACCCGGGACAGCAGUACGCUGCCCAUGUCAGAGACCUGCAGCUCACCGAGGAGCCUGAGGUCACCUACCAGUUUGAGCCCUACACUGCCACUGCAGCCUCCACACAGCAUCCAGCUCGACCCCUUAAUGACAGCUUCAACACAGACCAGCAGAGCAGCUCUGAGGGGCAACCCAGCACCGGAGAGACCACGACAGGGGAGGACCUCAGCGCUGAAAACGCCAGAAAGAGACAAGGCCACAAAUCGUGGGGUUCUACAGUGAGUGAUGCAGACAGUGUAGAAGGGGAAGGUGGCCUGGAAUCUCCUACCACCAGUUCAGGUGACAUCAGUAAAAUGGCACGCACCUCCUCCACCGGGACCAUGUCGUCCAACGAGGAUCUAGAUGAGAAGGACGGGAACGUGGCCUCCUUCGAAGCACCAAACAUAAAUGGCAUGGAGCCUGAGAUUGCGGUUCCAACCGGACCUUUCCGGAACAUUGGGCUCUCCAAAGCCGCACAGACUCAUCGGCUGCGUAAACUCCGCACCCCGUCCAAGUGUCGGGAGUGCGACAGCUACGUGUACUUCCAGGGAGCAGAGUGUGAGGAGUGUUUCCUGGCAUGUCAUAAGCGGUGUCUGGAGACGUUGGCCAUCCAGUGUGGCCAUAAGAAGCUGCAGGGUAGACUCCAGCUGUUCGGCCGAGACUUCUCCCAGGUGUCCAGCGGCAGCUCUGACAGCAUCCCCUUCAUCAUCACUAAGUGCAUUUCCGAGAUCGAGAGACGAGCCCUGAAGAUGAAGGGUAUCUACAGAGUAAAUGGGGUGAAGACUCGUGUAGAGAAGCUGUGUCAGGCCUUUGAGAAUGGCAAGGAACUAGUGGAGCUCUCGCAGUGUUCCCCCCACGACAUCAGCAACGUCCUCAAGCUCUACCUCCGACAGCUUCCGGAGCCCAUCAUGCCGUUCCGCCUGUACAACAGCCUCAUGGGGUUAGCCAAGGAGAGCCUGCAAACUGAGGGAGGGGAGGCCGGGACGGGGAAGGGGCCAGAGCUUGUGGAUCUAGGACCAGAUACGGACCCAGCGGUCCUGGCCGUGGUGGAUAGACUUAGGGAGCUGGUGAAAGAGCUGCCCAAGGCUAACGUAGCCACGCUGCGCUACAUCGUACGCCACCUGCGCAGGAUUGCGGAGUUGGAGCAGGACAAUAAGAUGAGUCCCAGUAACCUGGGCAUCGUGUUUGGCCCCUCUCUGAUAAGGCCCCGGCCCACAGGGGCCACAGUGUCCCUGUCCUCUCUAGUGGACUACCCCCACCAGGCCCGCAUCAUAGAGACUCUCAUCGUCUUCUACACAGUCAUCUUCCAGUCCAAAUCCUCUAGCACCAGCAGUCGCCCAUCCUCCAUCUCCAUCCAACAGAGUGUCAGUGUGGAUGUUGAUGAGAGCAGCAUUGCCGUGGUAGCUGAAGGAGAGGAACAGGAAGCCAAAGAGGAACAGAGCAGAACAGACUCUGACAAGAUGGAGGAGGGCUGUGGCAGUUUUCCAGGUUCCCUGAGCUCCAGUGAGCAGAUUGUGGACUCUGACUCAGAGCUGGAUGAGACUGGAAGGGGGUCCACACACCACCCACACUGCCUGGUCAAACAGGAGAGCGAGGUCAGCACAGAGGAUGACCAACUGAACUGCAGGGAUAGUCUGGAACUCUCCAGCCAGUCUGUACUCCAGACCGACCCGGAUCCAGACCAGGAGAGUCCUGGUCUCGAUGCCUCGCACCACGACCCCCCUGAGCCCCCAGACAGCGAGCCCCCGGACCUGGAGGUGUCUGAGCAAGAGCUGAGCAUCUCCCUGGCUGAGCUCAACAUGAAUCAGUCCAACAACUAUGUUCUGGGCCAUGUGUGGAGCGAAUCUCAGUUUGGUGCCGAGGGACAGGGAGCCAGAGUUUGUGUAAACACGACCUGUGCAAUGUGUCAACCUCACUGAAAGUCUUUACUGGAAUUGUAUGAAGUUAAAGUUUUAUAUGUACUUCAAGAGGAUGGAUCCUGGUUUUAGCUUUGGUAUUAGCAUGUCAGCAUUGAAUAUACUACAUGACACAUCCCUCAUAGACACUUAGUUAUAGCUGUUUUCUGCCAUCAUUCAUUAUAGUUCUAACCAGCUGUGACUUAAUAAUUUGGAAAGUAAGUACCUUCUAGAUUAUCGCUGUGCCAGUUUGUAUUUCAAAUAUUUCUUUAGGGACGUUGCUCUUUAAAGCUUGAAUAAUCUCCAGUUGUGAGGGAUCUUUGUCUUGUAUGUGUGAUUUGUGUGUGCGAUGCAUUUCUAAGAUAAUUAUUCCAGGUAUUUAAAGUGCUGCUGGUUUUAUUUCAGCACUAAAAUUGAAAAAAAAAUGCAUUUUUACAUUUUGUGUUUUUAUAAAUUGUAUCAUUUUGCCGUACGUUGGAUGGAUUCGUCAUUAUCGGUUGAAUCACUUUUUGUCAAUGUUUUGUAAUAAAGAGUAUGCUGUUAUAAAUGUUAUGCCUUA